GGCGGGAAAUAUAACCACCACAAAACGGUCCCUCCCCCUUUUUUCCCUAUUUGCAACAAUUUGUUUUCAUGUUUUCAUGGCUACCAAGCUCUCCGUCGCUUUCCCAUUCCCUCUCGAGAGAUCCUCAAAACCAUUUCAAAGAAUCUCUGUUUUGGCUCUUCCACAGCUGAAUCUUUGUCAUGGGUUUUGCUUCUCCAAGAGAAACUCUGGCUUUAGAGGCCUAUCUGUGAAUGCACUCAAAGAAGAAGUAAUCCAUUCAGCAAAUUCAGAAACUACCCUUCAUUCCCAAACAACUCUCCCUACUUCCUCUAAGCUUGUUCUUGUCAUUGGGGCCUCCGGCGGCGUUGGGCAGUUGGUAGUGGCAUCUUUGCUGAACCGGAACAUCAAAUCAUGCCUACUAUUAAGAGAUCCUGAGAAAGCAACUACUCUGUUUGGUAACCAAGACGAAGAGAAGCUACAGGUUUUUAAAGGGGACACUCGAAAUCCAGCAGAUCUAGAUCCAUCUAUAUUUGAGGGGGUUACGCAUGUGAUUUGUUGCACUGGAACAACUGCAUUUCCUUCCAAGAGAUGGGAUGGGGAUAAUACACCGGAAAGAGUAGAUUGGGAGGGUGUAAGGAAUCUCGUAUCUGCAUUGCCUUCAUCAUUAAAGAGAGUAGUUCUUGUUUCAUCAGUUGGUGUAACCAAGUUCAAUGAACUACCAUGGAGCAUUAUGAACCUAUUUGGGGUUCUCAAAUAUAAAAAGAAAGGGGAAGAUUUUCUUCGCAAGUCUGGCCUUCCAUUUACCAUCAUCAGAGCUGGUAGAUUGACAGAUGGGCCUUACACAUCAUAUGAUCUUAAUACUUUGCUUAAAGCUACUGCCGGGCAACGCCGUGCAGUUCUAAUCGGCCAAGGAGAUAAACUGGUGGGAGAGGUCAGCAGGCUUGUGGUUGCUGAAGCUUGCAUACAAGCUCUGGAAAUAGAAUUUACAGAAGGCAAAAUAUAUGAAAUCAACUCAGUUGAGGGGGAAGGACCUGGUACUGAUCCAGAAAAGUGGCAGGAGCUAUUUAAAACAGCCCAAGCAUAGUGACCUGAUUCAGUAAACAGCAAGGAUGUGGCCAGAGUGAAGAAUUCAUACUGCUUUAUUCACUGUGUAUAAAAUGCAUAUAGCUAUAAUAUCCUGCUGCCGAUUUCAUGAGCAGCACAACGGGCAUUAUAUUCAUCUCUUGUAACAAUUAUGAUCGUCUUUGCAAUCCCCCUGUAAGAGUUAAAACAUUGUUUUGGAAUUAAUCUUAUAAGCAGAAGAAACUUUGACCUUUUGUCUUAA